GGCCCCACUUCCCUUUCCCCACGCAGGAACGCGCAAACCUAUUCGACUCCUACCUCCCUACCCCAAUCGCCGCCUCCUCCUCGGCUCUCGCCGCUUCCCCCAUCCCGCCCGCGACCUCGCCGCCGGCUUCGCCCAAUCGCCGCCUCCUUCCUCGACUCUCGCCCGCUUCCCCCAGCUCCCUCCCGCCCGCCCGCGACCUCCAUGGCUGGGAGACACACCAUUAUUUUGAUGCAGCCAUCCCAAAAUAGGGCAUCAAGGACAUUUAUGGACUAUAAUUCAAUUAAUCAUGCAUUGGAUGGAAUCUGUGGGCUUUAUGAAAGGAAAAUUAGGGAUAUCAACCCAAUGGUCCCAAACAUAACCUAUGAUAUCAGCGACCUUUAUAACUUCAUUGAUGGCCUAGCUGACAUAAGUGCACUAGUUUUUGAUCACUCGAUCCAGGCAUUUCUGCCAUAUGAUCGACAGUGGAUAAAGCAAAAGUUGUUCCAACACCUGAAGAAGCUGUCUCAGCGGUAGCGCGACUGUUGUUUGGUCCGGUACCUUGCCACCAACAAUCAAGCAUGCGUGGUAAUGGGUGUCCAGUGAGUGUAUUGGGCGGUGUUCCUUGUAAAAUUGUGAAACGUUACACUGCAGAUUGCACCCUUGUAUUCUUGAUGUUGUACUCGGCCGUUGACGGCUUGCCUGGGGCACCCUAUAUAUCUGAUAGACUUGUCUGGUUGUUUUGAGUGUUGUGAAUCAGAAGACCCUCAGGCUAUAUAUGUUUUUUU